CCAGACCCACCCUCGGGGCCUUAUCUCUGCUCUCGGCCCUCGGUAUGGUCAAUACUGCAUGGGCAUGUGUUAGAGGACCAACGGACAUGAAGCCUAACACAACUUCUGAUUUAUUGAACGUCCAUCGACGUGGGAGCAGAGAAAAGUCUACGAUGAGUAGUGUUUGCCAUCCGAAAAAAAUUCAUUGUUGACCGAGAUUUUGAUGGAGCAACCGGCAAAGCUGCAACGCGUGUUCCAUGGAUGGCAGGUCAAACCCUGCACUUGCUGGCAACUUCCGUCAAGCAGGGACGAAACCAAGACUCGCGCGUACCUGCAUUCGUAACGGCCAUCGUCGCUCUCGCGAUGAAUUGCUUCCUCCGAAUUGGACACGCGCUUACAUGUGUAACUUUGAGGGAAAACUUGCCUCAGCUCGGAAGUGUCACGGAUGGUGUCUUCAAACAACGCGAUCGCAUUCCUGCAAUGCGCGCAGCAUCUCCGCAUCCCAUAAGCAUCGGAGCCGAGGCCGGUCGUGUCUGCUGUACCAAGGAACAUUAUCAUCCCGCUUACCGAUCUCGUAUGCGUUGCCACUGUCAAGUCUCGAUACCAAGGUACCACUCUGCUUGUCGCAAUCUGUAGCCACGUCUGCGGUGAUGACGAAGGCUGUUCAAGAGAUCCGGAAGACGAGUGUGGGGAGAUCGACCCGCUUGCUGGUCAGCAAAAACCGAGCCAACGAGAUGGCUUCAGAUGACCUUGAUAUAGAGCAGAUCUCAAUGGGUUAUGACAAAGCCGAUUGUACAUCCGCCAUCAUUAUGCUAGCAGCCAACCUCGUGUCCGUUAAAUGGACGUUGGAUUCCUGCCUAAACAGCACGAUGCAUUAUUGACCUUGACAGAGGCAAGCAGUUCUCUUCGUCUAGGACGCAUACUAUUUUUGUUUCUCAACUACUUGCAAAUAUUGCAAGGUCGUCGUAAGCACGCUCACUCGAUCGCAGUAUGAGCAGCAAGUUGUAUUUCAGCAUCGCCAUUAUCAGCACUUCCAUGCGUCACAGCUUCAAUGCAGCCCAGCUCAUCUCAAUGCUUGUAGCAUUCGACUCACACGCAGGCUAUGACGAGCUGAGAACUGCCGACGUGUGCAACAGUCACACCCUGAAUGACUCAUCUAGUAAUCUUGAUCUGAGCAAUCUCACCAUCAGGGUACUGCAUAUCCAAACUCCGGUCUCGGACGUCUCCUUAUCGCAUUUGAUAAGUUCGAGGAUAA